GUUUUUAUCUAUUUUCGUAGAACAGGAAUGAAAGUUCACUCAGGCAUACCGCUGUUUACAUGCAAAACAAGGAAAAUAUUUAAUGUCAUGACAUUGAAAACAGCUUUAAAAUAUGAAAUAAAUAAUCUAUUUAUGUGAAUGGAUUUGGAGUUUAUAUAAACCGUGAUGUAUGCAAUUGAUAAUUGUCAACAUUGUUUACCUUUUCUUUGUGUAUUGAUUAGUUUUCGAUGUAGUAUAGAGCGUGUUUUACUUAAGCGCCAUGCGGGCCCCAAUCCAAUGUACUCUGUAUGUACAUGUAGCGAUCUAUUUAUGAUACCAAAUACACACGACCGGAUAAAAUCAAAUCGUGUACUACACGAUAGCGUGUUGUCAAGCGAUGAAGAAGGCUCAGCCGUUGACGAAGAAGAUAACCAGGAAAAUGGCAUCUGAAUCGGUCGAACAGCAGAGUGUGAUGAACUACUACUCUACUAUCAGUCGGGAUGAGUCAGGGGCUCCAACAAAGUGGAAAAUGACCUCAACAAUGAAAGUUGUUGAGGAUGCAACCGGAAAGAAGAGUGGAUCAGGAUCUGCUAAGUCUUCCCCUGCAGCUUCUAGGGAGAACUCUGGCGAGCGUAGACCGGGCAGGCCACGACUCUCCGAUAGUGCUAAAUCUCAGGGAAACAGACGAACUCCUAGUAGAGACAGUUCAGAAACUUCUAGCUCCCGUGAUUCUUCAUUGGAAAGUAAAGGAAAAGAUAAAGAGCUUAAAGGUGACAAAACUGAUUUCAGUAAAAUAGCAGGACUAGUGAAUGGUGACACGGAUGUUGUUAAAAAACCAAAAGGAAAAAGAGGUAGGCGACCAAAAUCAUUAGAUUUGGCUUCAAAACCUUUGAACUGUGAGGAUGAAACAUUUAAAAGCCCUCACCCAUUGACACCAUGUAAUUUGGUCAUUAAAAGGCGAGUAGGAAGACCAAAAGAAACUCCUCCUACACUGAUUGCAGAACCACCUGUUGAUGUGGAAAUUAUUGAUGCAAAUGAAAUGGAUGGAAGUUGUCUUGUUCUUCCCAAGAAAAGGAUUGGUCGUCCACCAAAGAAUUAUAAAAGAGGAAUACUGGGAAAGAAAAAAAUACUUGAUACUUCAAAAAAACUUGAUGUUGGUAAAUAUGGACUUAAACACCGAACUCACAAAGGUUUUAUGAGGAAAAAGGGACUGAACUCAUUAUCAAGAAUGCGACCUGCAGUUGCGUUUAUGGAAUACCAAGAAACUGAGGACAUGGAAGUAGACACCGAGCAAUCACAGAGAUCAGGAAAUGAUGCAUCUGGUAUAGGUAUGAAAAGAAAAGCAGGCAGGCCGCCAGGUUCAAAGAAUAAACCUAAAAUAGUUCUUAAUACCAAUCAAUUCUCAAGAAGAAAAUCACCUGGUAGACCAUCAAAAACUCUUCAGAGAAGAUCUUUAUCUCUUGCUAAAAAAAGUCCUGGAAGACCUCCAGGGUCAAAAAAUAAACCUAAAUCACCAAUAGCAGCAACUGACACUAAACCAAAAUCCACUGAACCAGAAAUGAGUGUGUUUCGGGAAAUGAAUAAAAGAAAGUCAAUGGAUGAAAUUAAAAUAUCCAAAGUGAAUAUUGAUAUUGACAAUGGGAAAGCAUGUAGGAAUGAAGUUACUCAAAGUACUGACUCUGCUGAAAGUACAGAUGAAAGUUCUAUUGACUCUGAUGAAAAGGAAAAAAAUGUUGUGAAAGAUAAAAGUUUUGAUGAAAGUGCACUUAGUUCAGGAAAGGACAUUAUUUCUGAAAAUGAUUUGGUAAUUGAUCAUAAACAGGAGAAACAGAAGGAAGAUGCAAAAGAAGACCCUGAAGCUGUUAUACACGACAAUCUUGAUGAAUCUAUUGAAUCAGUAGUGUACAAAGCUAGGCAUGAUUUACCGAUUGAUGACCCUCCAUCCUUAAAGUUUCCCUUUUUAAAAUCUAGUGGAAUACAGUCAAUUGCAAAACGGAAAAAAAUGAAAGCUAUUGAGACAAAACGAAGAAGUGAAAUGCUUGCUGCAAAUGUGCAAAAUGUUGAUGCAAAAACAAUGACAGUAUUGCCACCAAAUGAUUUGAGGAGAAAAUUACAGCACAAACUUCUGAACAAAAAGUUGUUGGAGAAAGCAAAGCAAGAUGAACAAAUAGUGUCUAUUGAAAGUUCUGGAAUGCAAGAGAACACAACUGACGUCAGUCUGACAAAAGUAAGCUCUAUUGUAAUGCAAUCAAUUCCUGACUCUGGAACUGCUGAAAGUAUAAUUGCUGUGAGUAUAAAUGAGUUUGGUGGAAAAGAUGAAGUCAAGCCUGAUUUUAAGUUAGAAACUGAUCUCAAUUCAGAAAUUGUUGAUGAAAAGAUAAAAGUGGUAAGUUCUGGUUCUUUAGAUACUAGUGAAACAGCAAAGUGUGACACAACUGAAGAGAAAAACAUUAUGGAUAUUGAAGUUAGAAAGCCAGGUAGAAAAAGACAUAUCUCUGUUGAAAGUAAAGAUUUGAUAAAGCAUAGUGAUACAGAAUCCAUUUGUUCAGAACUCAGUUCUAUUUCUGUCAGUUCGACAAAAAGGCAGCUUGAAAAACACAUUCUUGUUUUGGGGGAAGAAAACAUGGAAAGUGAUGAUAGCGCUAUAAGGACAAGGCAAAGAUUUGAGAUCAUCCCUGGCAAGAAAAGAAAGCGCACUUUGAGUGGGGAAUUUGAUUUAUUGGAUGAGAAGAGGCUUAGAAAAGUGAAGAAAUUAGUUGAUUCAGGUAUUGCAAUGGACAACUUAUUUCAGGAUAAUGAGAGUAACUUGAAUGUUAAGAAACAAAACAUCAAGAAAAAGGUUUUACCAAAGACCAAGGACAUAAAUUCAAAAGCAUACCCUCCAGGUGAAAGUUUUAAAGAACGCAAAUUUAGGUUACGCAGAGAAUCGCCAUUUUUAACAUUUAGAAAAAAACGUAGGAAGAGAAAACCACUGUCACCUGUAGGAAAGAAACUACACAAGGAAUCCGCAAAAACAGAACAGAAAGCAAGUCCAAAGCGUAAACAUUUGAAGCACUUAAUAAACAAGAAUGACACUGAUUCCUCAAAAGGGGAUGUACAUAGAAAGAGCCUCUUUGAACAGUUUGAUGAUGUUGAUUUGAACCCUUCAUGGUCAGCAACUAGUACAAAGGCUGAUGAAGUCAAUCGAGUCAUAAAUGUGGAAGACGUUAUGAAGAAAUCACCACAAAGGGAGACUGACUUAAUGGCUAGAACAAUUACAAAUAACUGUACUGAGUCAGAUGAUCAUGAAAUAGUGAAGGAUGUUUUGAAAUGUAUUGUAACGAGUGUGGUCAAAAGCAGGGAACAAUCUCUGAUGAAUUUGAGCCCCCAGUUGACGAAAAUAUACUUCAAUUUAAAUCCAGAACUCACCCCAGUGAAAAAUACAUUGUCACAACCUGUAAAUCAGUCAGACAACACAUACGGUGUACCAGAAACAAAACCAUUUGAUCCAAAGAAUGUUUCUAUUAAGAGCCGUCUUGACUCAAACAAAAUGACAGAUUCCAAAAGUGCCUCUAUAGAAAUGUAUACUUCACACAGUAGCAAUGAGAUCAAUAGAUCAGACAGUAUUCAAACAGACAGUAGUAAAGAAAUGUCAGGAAUGUCCACACAAACACCUUUCGAAGCGACAGUAGUAGGGCCAGUAAAAGGGGGAUUGAAGAAGAGAAGAUUAUUUAAAAAAAGGAAACCUAUGCCACUGCCAAUUGCUCAGAAACAAACAGAAACUGUUGUUAAAAAGAAAGUAGGUAGAAAGAAAAAGAUUUUGACCACCACUUUACCCGAAAGUCAAACAAAUGUAUCAGAGGCAAAGGCAGUGAAAAUGUCUCGAACAGCAAGGAAAGGCGGUAACUCACGAAAAGCUGAAAAACUGGAAGGUAAAAUUCCUAGCACAAAACAAUCACCUGAUGGUCAAGUUACUAGGAAAUUUGAGUUGCGACAAAAGAUUUCAAGAUCUCCGUUAGAUAACAUUGCUAUGAAACAAAGUCUAGAAGAAAAUGAAUACAUGAAACAAGAACAAGAGAAAGCGUCUAGGAAAGAAGCGAAGCUGAAAUCAAAGCAGAAAGCCUUGCAGCAAGAAUCUAUGGAAUAUGUAGCUAGUGAUGUUGUAAAUAGUGAUGCAGAAACAGUUAUCAUGGACAACGAUUCUGAUACAGAGACACAAGCAACUAGCACAAAAGAGACAGUUGGGGACCAAUUAAAGAAAUGCAAAAAAUGUUCUGUUGUGUUAAUUGACUUUAUUAAGAAGCUAAACAUAUCAGCAGAUGUUGAAAGCUCAGAAGCAGAAACAAGUGCCUUCGAGGAAUCUGUUGAUGAUGAUUCACAAAAUGAUGAACCAGCUAGUACUUUUGAAAAUGAAGUUUUUGAAAAACCAGUCUGUAAUGCUGAAAACCAAGUAUAUGAACAAUCAUGUAGUAAUACUGAAAGUGAAGUUGUUGAAAAGUCAGAGGAGGGUAAACACAUUGAAGAAUUAAGAUUGGUUGAUGACAAUGAAAGUAAUAAAGAUAAUGCAAGUCAUAAAAUUGAUGGUAUUGAUGCAAAAUGUACAGCAGAAGAUGAUAAUGAAACUAAAGACAUAACUCUAGAUGUUGGAAAAGUUGAAAGCAAAGUGGAACAGGUUCAUGAUGAGAAUGGAUUGAUUGAACAAGAAUUGAAACAAGUUGCAGACUGUUCAAGUAAAACUGAAAAUGAAAUUUAUGAAACUGUUGAUGCUAAUCAAAAGGAAGAUGACAGUAUUGAAGUUAAACAGGAUAUAAAAACAGCCAAAGAUUUACCCUUAAACACUGAAGAAGACUUACCUUUAAUUACAGAAAAAAUGUCUGAAAAGGUGAUUGAUAUUGCUAAAGAAAAGUCUGAAAUCAAGGAAAUUGUUGAACAGCAGUUAGAUAUUGAAGUAGGUAAACACAUUACAGACGAACCUGAGACUGAGAAAAAGGUUGAAAAUACUUUAGAACUUAAGCCUAGCGUUGUUGAAUCAAUGAUAAAAGAAUAUCCUCCCAAAUCACCAAUGGAUUUUUCAGAGCAAUUAAAUUGGGGUUUGCAAACACAACAGACAGCCAGAAAAACUGUUCCACCUUUGAAGAUUAAAGUGAAAGAUCUGUCCUCAAGAAGAAAGAAGUACAUGGUCCAGCCAUCACCUGAUUCACCUGUUGAGACAGAAUCCACUGUUAAACCGUUUAAGGAAAAAAAUGAGAAGAAAAAGAAAUCCAAGUCUGGAAACAAGUCGGAAUCAUCUGACUCAGAAAAGCACCAUCACCAUCACAAGAAACGGACUAAAUCUCCUGAAGAGAAGUCUAAUGUGAAUGAUGAAACAAAGGAUUCACCAAGUAAGCAAGAUCGUGGUGUUAAUAAAAGAUCACCAGGUAAACAGUCACCGAAUAAAAAGGAAGAAAACGAAGUGGAAUCACCAAACAAACAAUCUCCUAAACCAACUGAUGCGUACGAAGCCAAUUUCUUGCAGUUUAUUCAGCGAAAAGACAAAGAUGAAAAGCAAAGCAUACCAUUUGUUUACGACUCAUCCGCUGAUAGAUCCAAAAAUGGAAGAUCGUACCAUAUUAAGAGUCCAGCCCAAAAAAGCGUUGAAAACCAGUCCCCAGAUCAUCCAGAAGUGGACACAUUUCCAGCUGUCUCUUCCACUGAAUCUCUCACAACUGUAAGCAAUGUACCAGAACAAAGUUCAGAUGAAUCUACGAAAGAAGAAGUUAGGUAUGUUUGCUCUGAAUGCAACAAUGUUUCCUACACCUGUGAGGAAGAGAUCCAGAAACAUUACAACGAUAUUCAUCCAAGCGUGGAGUUCAUGUAUAAACCUCUAGCUGACGACACCACGCAAGAGCGCAUGGACACCUCUGAGAACCCAGAGCAUGAAAAUCCCUCUGUUCAGCUACCAGUACAAAAUGAAAGCCACGAAAAUGCAGACACAGUUGCAACAACAGAAACCGCCGAAGAUGAUGAUGAAUCCGGAGGCCUCAACUUCAAGAUCGUUGAUGUAGUCAGCUUGAAGGACCAAGAAGACCUCAUGAUGGAUACAGAGCCUGCACCAGCUGUUACUCAACCAGAUGCUGUUUCAUUCAGCAAGCCCCCACCCCCAUACUCGGCAACUCAUCGCGUGGCUACUAACAUACCAGUUGCAUCUGUCGAGCUCAGAGUUCCAAAUUUCCCAGUGUCUUUGACAACCCAGGGCAUGGCUAGCGUUAACCCCAAUGCUGAACUAUACAAGCAAUUACUUCAACCACGGUUGCCAUUGCCGCAACAAAAUGCUGCUCAGCUGCAGCAACAAGCUGUUGCAAUGUUUGCCGUUUCACAACAGCAGCAACUUCAACUGCAGCAGCAUCAACAGAGAGCAACUCCUGUCAUGCACCUAAGUACUACAUCAAACCAGCAACCAUCUUUUCAGCAACCAUCUGGAGUAACUCCGAAGACAAGUGCAUCUGGAAAGCCUUUCCCGGUUGGAGCCAAAGUUUCAAAUACAUUCAAAUGUGAAAAGUGCAAUGUCCAUGCACCUUCGUUACCUGCAAUGGUUGGCCACCUCCGGACAGCACAUAAGGAAAUUUCAAGACUGUUUGAGUGUCCUUAUUGCAAGAAACUUGAAGCUGAAACAGAAGGUAAAAUCAUUGACCACAUCCGAGUAAACCACCCAACUGAUAAUCCUAACCCACCAGUAGCUUUGUCGGAGCCGGCAAAGAGGAAUUUGAAUACAGUUACUGUGAGGCUACCUGAGCACUUUAAACUAGGAGACAAAAACUUGCUUGAGAAGGAUAUUUACUUGUGUUUAAUUUGCAAAAUUCACAUGCCAUCUCUGGAGACAAUAUAUGACCAUUUAGAGCAGGAACAUUCAGAAGUGUUUGUGUUUGUAUGUCCUUUUUGUAAAGAAUUCAAAUCAAAGACAGAGCAGGGUGUUUGUGUCCACAUUCUUCAUGUUCACAGACAGAGCACAGCCGAUGUCAACAUUUCUAUUGCCAUUGAUGGAACAAGGUUCUCAAGAGUACCCUGCUUAAUCAGAGAAAAACCAAAGCGCGAUAGAUCAAAGCAGGGACAGAACCAACAGCAACAACACCAGCAGACAAAUGCUGCAACGACUACCCUGAAGCCAAAUCUGCCAGCUCAGCCGCCACUGUCAUCCCAGCCGCCCCCGCCAGUCCAGCCACCCCAAUAUGCCAUCAGACAACCCAUUCCUUUAACAGCUCAGCAACAUCUUAAAAAUGCCAUAAUGCGCGCACAGGUUUCGCAGGCACCAGUUUCGUUUCAAAAUCAUUUUGUCAACGUUCUCAACCAGAUGCCACCAAGGUUUAUUCAACAUCAGGGUCAGCUUUUGCAAUUGGGUCAGCUGACCUCUCAGCAACAACAGGUCAUGUUUGGACAGGCAUUGCAACAACAGGCUUCAACUGCUCCAACAAGCCAGCCAUUGAAGAUUCACACAAGUAUUGCUAGUAUGGGAAUACCUGGAACCACUGCGGUCUCAAAUACGAAUCCUUCUAUUGUUGGUGCACUUUCAAGCAGUGCUUUUGUUAAUCCAACAGUCACUGGGAUAUCAACACAUAGUUUGUCUUCUCAGAGUAUUUAUCUGUCCACUGGAAGUGUGACGGUAUCAUCCAACCAACACAGCGUGCCAGCAGUCAGCAGUAACACUUCUACAGCAACAACAGCACCAGUCACUAAACCAUCAGCACAACAACAGCCAAGGAAGAAGAAAAACCUGUUGGAGUCGAUCAAUCAGCUGAAAGCACAAAAAGAAAAAGAGCUUCUGUCUCCUAAAUCUGCUGCAUCAGUAACUGCACCAUCCCACCCCUCACAGCUGUCAAAGCCGACAUCUGGUGCUCCUCCUCCUUUGAUGAGGGCUCCUCCACCUUUGAUUCGCUAUGAUCAACUUGAGAAACUGGGAGAUGCUACUUCUGCUUUGAUUUCAAAAAUGUCCACAACGCAGUCAAAAAGCAAGGGCAAUAUUGACGCAUUUAAUACAACAACUAUGCUGAAUAGCAUACCAAAGCCAAUCAACUCGAAACUUUUUGAUACCUCAGAUUUAGACGCAUCCCAAAUGAAUCAGCAUAGACCUGUACUGAAUGUUCCACAAAUCCCUCGACCAACUAUGAGUACAGUUCAGCAAGCAUCUAACUUUUCCACUCCAACAUUGGAUGAAACGCCUGCUGCACCACCAGGAGCAUUGGACCUAUCAAAAACUUCCCCAAGCCCAUCGCCGAUACAAACACCGUCUCCUAAGCCAUCAACUUCAGGAGUGCCGCAAGAAAAUGUAGACAUGUUUGAAGUUUUCAAUAUAAAACCUGAGGCUCUAAUACCACAACAUCAGAGACCACUGCAAGUAUCUGUGCCCAACAGCCAGCACUUUCUUCAGCCAGUUCAGAUACUUCCGCAACAGGUGCGACAAAACACUCCUAACACUCUAGCCUACCGACAACAAGCCCCUCAGCUGAUAACUACCUCGCAAGUUCCACAGAUAAUCAACAUGCCAAUGGGGGCUGUGGUCGGAAACAUGGUCAUCAGUAUUCCACCAGGCUCUCAAGGUGCUCCGAGAUUUGUACAUAUGGCUCCACCAACCUUUUCAGCCUCAGCUAGUUUGAUGGGAGCUCCAACGGCUGUUAGCGUCGUGAACCAAAGCCAGGCACAAGCAAUGGUGACAAAUUCAUUGGCAGCCACGAUGCCACAGCUAGUUAACAUUAAUCAGCAGAUGUUUAGAUGUCCGUAUUGCCCAAGAGUUGUUCCUCUUCAGUUUGCACAAGUCCAGCAGCAUAUUGAAGCCAAUCAUCCAGGAUCUUCAAUCAUGUUUCUACCUCUGGACACUCAAAACCUUCCAACGAUAAAGGCUCCUCUUGUGACUCAAUCGAGCAAAUGAGUUAUUGAGGCCGUUCAAAGAAUAAUAUAUAAUUAAGCCACACAGUGUUGUUGGCACAUUCUUAAGACUGCAUUGAUUGAAGCGCGUUGGUCUCCAUUUUGACAAGAUUGGUGUAGAUUGGAAUUUACUGACAACAACGUACAUACAGAUAGAUACAGAAUUUAGAUAUUAUAUCCAAAUAUUUAGUGACGGUUAAUUCCAGUUUUUCAGCUUAUGGACAGUGCACACUUGCAUAUAGAAGUGUAUUAUACACCUGUUUUGACCUGUAACAUCAUAACAUGUAAUAGGACUAACGUCAGCAGGCAUUCUAUAGAAUAGCUGCUGUUUGUGCUUUAUUUUCUUUGUGUUGAAUUUUGUGUUGUGUAAAUAUUCAUGAAUUUGUAUUUUUUAUUGUUGUUUUUUUAUGUUUCGACUUUGUUAGAUUUAGGUUUAUCUAAGUUGUAGGAAAUGUACAAAGAAACGUCAGGUCAUUUUCAUAUUUUAUUUAUUGCAUCGUUUUCAUUAUUUAGAAGUUAUAUAUAUAUAUAUGUCCGUCAUUGAUACAUUUUUUUAAGUUAAUCAAUGUUCUUUGUAACAUUACCAUAGCAUAACUUUAUGGACAGACUUGUGAAAUUAGACAUACAUUUCCUUAGAAUGUGAUCCAUACUUAUGCAAUUCGGUCAUCUCGUAUUUAGCCUUUUUGGUUAGAUUUCCAUGAAUGUGUUAUAAGUAAACUUUGUUUGUUUCUUAAUGUAUUACCUGAAAUUAAUGUACAUCAUUUUAAGCAUUCCGUACUGUAUAUUUAAAAUGAAAGACUUAUGUAUUUAAAUUAAAUACAUGUUCUGUCAAUAUUAAAAAUUUCAACGACUUGCACGGGGGACGUCAGUAGUGUGUACAGCGAAAACGACAUAUAUUAUAAAAUGUUGAUUAUUGUUGAAUGAAUCUUAUUUGAUUUUGUAUAUAAUAAUCAUUUAUAACGAUAUUUAAGUACAACAUGUGCUGUUGUAUACAUGUGUAUUUUCCAUAUGAUGGAUAGUGUUAAAUACAUUGAAAACGUAGAUAAUAAUUUCGUCACAUUUCAUUGCCAUUUAAUAUUAUUUUCAAAUCUAGAAAAAUGAUCAUUUGUAUUUAGUUUAGCGUGUCAACGUUUGUUGAUAUUAGUAUCUUUUAUAUAGCGAUGAUUUCAUGAAAAAAGCAUUGUUGAUAAUCAUUAAACAGGGACCAUUUUGUAAGAAAACGUAACUGUGUAUAUUUAUAUUGUUUAAUGCGUCAAACUUCCGUACUUAUUCCUCGAAGAACCGUCGUAGUAUCUACACCUUUUCUUAUAUGGAAGUUAUGUCGGAGUUUGUAUAGACGGAGUGGCGUGCUCGGCUUAUGUUUGUGUCACAAGCAAACAUAUGUUUUUGUUUGUUUAGUUUUACACAUUUUAAUCGCUAUAGUCGCAUACUUUUGCAAUUACAUUAUAGAUAAAAAAAAUAGUUUUGCGGAACAAAUACUUUUUUGUAGAUAAUUAAUUUACGUCAGUGUGUUAAUGAAAUAUUUUGAUUUAUGGGCAUUGCUGAUUUGUUAUUUUUUUUGUUCAAUAAAUUAUUAUUAUUUUAGAAAAGUGUUUAAUCUGAUAGGUAUUAAGAGGUAAAAACAAUUUCAAACACAGCAUUAUCGAAUCAAUAAAGUCGCUCUAAUAUAUGAAUGUCCUUUUUGUUUCUUGGAAGAUAGUUAAGUAUUUACAUUUUAGUUAAUUGUAUAGAUAUAAUAAAAAGUCACAUCGGGAAUUAUCUGUACGAGAUGUCUUUUUUCAUGUCAUUUUUUCGCACUACUUCGGUUACAUGAGUGAUUUUAUAAUUCUCCAGUGCUUUAGUUCAACGCUGUCUGUAGUUUUUCAUAUUGAACUUUGUUGAAUAUUCGUAUAUUUCUGUAUGAGAGUGGUAAGGUGGUUACCAAAAGUUGUUAAAGACAUUUGACUGUAAACAUGUACAUACAGACAAUAAAAAUUAUCAGAU